ACAAAUGUCAGCUGUUGAGAAGAAAGUUUUGUUUGAAAGUAUUAAUUUUAAUAAAACAAUUUAUCUUGAAUAAUGGAAGAUGUACUAGUUUUAAAAGAUUAUAAAACUGUCCCUGACAUCGUACACGAGUAUGGGCCCACAUUAAAAUUUGGUCACAUACCUUUGGUGAUAGAUAAUGGUUCGUAUCAGUGUAGAGUCGGUUGGUCAAUAUACGAUGAGCCACAUUUGAUUUUUAAGAAUUUAAUUGCUCGACCGCGUAAGGAUCGUUGCAAAAAAGAUGCCGAGCCACCGGUCACUCCGCCAAUUCAAAUAGGAAACGAUAUUAUUAACAUUGAAGCAGUAAGGUUCCAGUUAAAGACUCAGUUUGAUAAAAAUAUUGUAACUCACUUUGAAGUACAAGAACAAGUUCUUGACUACAUUUUCUCACAUUUAGGCAUUGAUAAUGAAGGCAGUGUGCCUCAUCCUGUUGUUUUAACUGAAGCAUUUGUUACACCAAAUUAUUGCAGACAAUUGAUGUCAGAGUUAUUAUUUGAAGGCUAUGGUAUACCUGCAGUCAGCUACGGAGUAGAUUCACUGUUCAGUAUGUACAAGAAUGAUAUAGGAGAUUCAGCUUUGAUUGUCAAUAUUGGAUAUCAUACUAUACAUAUUAUACCUGUUAUUAGGGGUAAAGUUAUUGCACACCAUGCAAGAAGGAUCAAUUUAGGUGGCAGUGAAAUCAUAUGCUAUUUACAUAAAUUACUACAGUUGAAGUACCCAGUGCAUGUGAAUGCAAUAACAAUGUCCCGUAUUGAGGAAAUCCUUCACGAACAUUGCUCUAUAGCUUUGGACUACCAAGAGGAGAUAAGGAAAUGGGCAAACCCAGAUUACUAUGAAGCUAAUGUGAAAAGAAUACAGCUACCGUUUGUUCAGUCAACAACUUCUUCAGGUCUAACAGCUGAGCAACAAAAGGAACGUAAGAGAGAGAUGGCGCGCAGACUCUUAGAAAUAAAUGCAAGAAAACGAGAAGAAAGGUUGGCUGAGGAUGAGGAACAGAUGAACCAAUUGCUCGCAUUGCAGGAAAUAAUAGAAGAUGGUGACACAGAUGAAUUUAAUGAGGCGAUAAAAGGUUUCGAUAUAAAGAACUAUGAAGAUCUUCAGAGGCAAAUAUCGAAUGUGCACGCUCGUAUAGAGAAGAACAAGCAGCGUAUCGCGGCGGCGGCGGCUGCUGCUGCGGCGGCGGCGGGCGGCGCCGAGCUGCCCGACACCAAGCCCGCGGGCCGCCUGCAGCCGCCUGCUGACCCUGAAGCCUUCCACGCCUGGCUCAACGACACACGCGCCAAGUACCGCGAGGUGGUGCAGCGGCGCGAGGCGCGGCGUGCGCGGCGCGCGGCCAUGGUGCGGCGGCGCCGGGUCAUCUCGCGCCUCACCGCCGCCGGAGACGACUUCGGCGCCAACGACUCCGACUGGGAUGUGUACAAGAGCAUCAGCCGCGAGGCGGACUCCGACUCGGAGGCGGACGGCGAGCGGCUGCUGGAGCUGGAGGAGGCGCUGCGCGACCACGAGCCGCAGCAGACCAGCAGCCAGCACCACCAGCACCACCAGCUGCAUCUCGCCAUCGAACCACUCAGAGCGGCAGAGCUGGUGUUCCAGCCGUCGAUGCUGGGCAACCUGGAGGCGGGGCUGGCGGAGACCAUGGAGUACGUGUUCAAGCACUUCUCCGAUGAAGACCAGCUGCUGUUGGCCAACAAUGUCUUCCUCACGGGCGGCUGUUCGCGCUUUCCGGGUUUAAAAGAGAGGUUAGAAAGGGAGCUGCUCGAAAUGCGACCGUUCCAGUCAACACACAAAGUGGUAAUGGCGAAAGAUGCAAGUUUGGACGCUUGGUACGGAGCUAGAGAUUUUGCGGGUAGUAAUGAAUUUGAAAAAUACUGUAUAACGAAGGAGGAAUAUUAUGAAAUGGGUGCGGAAUAUCUGAAGGAACAUCACGCCAGCAACAUUUAUUACAAGAGCCCAGCGCCCAUUAUAGACAACACGUUGGCCCCGGCGGGGGACGCUAAUGUGGUCAAAGAAGAAAUUGUCGUCGACUGUUAAUUUUAAAAUAAAUGUAUAAACAAGUAAAAAAUA